GCGUUAAGUUGGAGCCGUCUCAGCGGCCGCCGCCAUUUUGUGCAGGCGCUGGGAAGGGAAGGAGACGCCUAGACCGUGGCACCGCCCGGUUUGAGCGUGACCAGACCUCCCCAGCUGUCCUAACAACCCCGAUUCUCUGUGUUUUGCUCCCGUCUCCGACGAGAGAGGCGGCGACGGUGGCGUCUGCGACGGGAGACAGCGCGUCGGAGCGAGAGAGCGCCGCGCCUGCCGCCGCCCCAACAGCGGAGGCGCCGCCGCCAUCGGUCGUCUCUAGACCGGAGCCGCAGGCCCUUCCUAGCUCGGUCAUCCGUGCCCCGCUCCCAGAUCUUUAUCCGUUUGGGACCAUGCGCGGAGGCGGCUUUGGGGACCGGGAUCGGGACCGGGACCGUGGAGGGUUUGGAACAAGAGGUGGUAGUGGCCUUCCCCCGAAGAAGUUUGGUAAUCCUGGGGAGCGUUUACGUAAAAAGAAGUGGGAUUUGAGUGAACUCCCCAAGUUUGAGAAGAAUUUUUAUGUGGAACAUCCAGAAGUAGCAAGAUUGACUCCGUAUGAAGUUGAUGAGCUCCGUCGAAAGAAAGAGAUUACUGUGAGAGGGGGGGAUGUUUGUCCAAAACCUGUCUUUGCCUUCCAUCAUGCUAACUUUCCACAGUAUGUAAUGGAUGUGCUGAUGGAUCAGCAUUUUACAGAACCAACUCCCAUUCAGUGCCAGGGAUUUCCUUUGGCUCUUAGUGGCCGCGAUAUGGUUGGCAUUGCACAGACUGGCUCUGGAAAGACAUUGGCGUAUUUGCUGCCUGCAAUUGUUCAUAUAAACCACCAGCCAUACUUGGAAAGAGGAGAUGGCCCAAUUUGUCUAGUGCUGGCCCCUACGAGAGAACUUGCUCAGCAGGUGCAGCAGGUGGCUGAUGAUUAUGGAAAGUGUUCUAGGUUGAAGAGCACAUGCAUUUAUGGAGGUGCUCCUAAAGGUCCUCAAAUUCGAGACUUGGAAAGAGGCGUUGAGAUCUGCAUAGCCACUCCCGGGCGCCUGAUAGAUUUCCUGGAAUCGGGAAAGACAAACCUUCGCCGAUGCACUUACCUUGUGUUGGAUGAGGCUGACAGAAUGCUUGAUAUGGGCUUCGAGCCGCAGAUCCGUAAAAUUGUUGACCAAAUCCGGCCUGACCGGCAGACACUGAUGUGGAGUGCAACUUGGCCAAAGGAAGUAAGGCAGCUUGCAGAGGACUUCCUGCGUGAUUACACCCAGAUCAAUGUGGGCAAUCUGGAGUUGAGUGCCAACCACAACAUCUUGCAGAUUGUGGAUGUCUGUAUGGAAAGUGAAAAAGAUCACAAAUUGAUCCAACUGAUGGAGGAAAUCAUGGCGGAAAAGGAAAAUAAGACUAUAAUAUUUGUGGAGACAAAGAGACGCUGUGAUGACCUCACUCGAAGGAUGCGCAGAGAUGGUUGGCCAGCUAUGUGUAUCCAUGGAGACAAGAGUCAACCAGAAAGAGAUUGGGUACUUAAUGAGUUUCGAUCUGGAAAGGCUCCUAUCCUCAUUGCCACAGACGUAGCCUCCCGUGGGCUAGAUGUGGAAGAUGUCAAGUUUGUGAUCAACUACGACUAUCCAAACAGCUCAGAGGAUUAUGUUCACCGUAUUGGCCGAACGGCCCGGAGCACCAACAAGGGCACUGCCUAUACCUUCUUUACCCCGGGGAACCUAAAGCAGGCUAGAGAGCUGAUCAAAGUGUUGGAAGAGGCCAAUCAGGCUAUCAAUCCGAAAUUGAUGCAGCUGGUGGACCACAGAGGCGGUGGCGGCGGAGGGGGUAAGGGAGGUCGCUCUCGAUACCGGACUACUUCUUCAGCCAACAACCCCAAUCUGAUGUAUCAGGAUGAGUGUGACCGGAGGCUUCGGGGGGUGAAGGACGGUGGCCGGAGAGAUUCUACAAGCUACCGGGAUCGCAGUGAGACCGAUCGGGCCAGUUAUGCUAACGGCAGUGGCUAUGGAAGCCCGAAUUCCGCCUUUGGGGCCCAAGCAGGCCAAUACACCUAUGCUCAAGGCACCUAUGGGGCAGCAGCUGCUUACGGCACCAGUGGCUACACAGCCCAGGAGUAUGCUGCUGGCACCUACGGGGCUAGUGGCACCACCUCAAGCGGGAGGAGCUCCCAGAGCUCCAGCCAGCAGUUCAGUGGUAUAGGCCGCUCUGGGCAGCAGCCACAGCCACUGAUGUCCCAGCAGUUUGCACAGCCUCCAGGAGCCACCAAUAUGAUAGGCUACAUGGGGCAGACUGCUUAUCAGUACCCUCCUCCCCCUCCCCCCCCCCCCCCCCCCUCCUCCUUCUCGUAAAUGAAGCUGCUUGGUGGAGUGACUCGUGCAGAUUAAUUCCAUCUAAAGGAAUACUGUCUAUUCUUUUACCCUUCUAGCCCUUUGCAUUUUUAUUUUUUCUUUUUCCAACCAUUGUGGUUUAUCUUUUUUUAAUGCAGAUUAGUUAAAAUUCACUGCCAGGUUUCUUCUGCCCACCCAAAAGAUCCAGUCUGUAAUAACAGAUUUUGUAAGGGAAAAAAUACAUAUAUAUAUAUAUAUAUAACUAUAUAUAUAUAAAACUGACUGGGAAAGAUUAAUUUCUUGCCCCGAAUUAAUGCAUGUUGAGGAUAUUGAGCUAUUUUUCAUCUUAAAGGUAUUAGGCAUUUUUGUCGGAGCCUGUUUAUUGGGAAGGAGGGUAGGGAAGGAUGGAUGGUCCCGCAGAAGAUGGUGGCAUCUGCUUCAGACUGUUCUCCUUCCUGGGAGAAGCCAAGAGGGACUUCCAUGCGCAUUGUCUGUCCAUGGUGGGUUUUAAGUUACUGAAGUUAGAUUACUCAGGCCUGCUGAAAUUUAAGACAACCAGUCAUUUUGGCUGAUGGCUUAUGACGUGCAUUUGACAGUUAAAAAAUUCCUAAUUGGUUUUGACUUCUCCUGCAGUUAUUAAAAUAUUAACCAGGUUAGUGUUGAGUUAGAAAUUACAUUUCUGAGUUCAAGCAAUCUUUUUUAAGUUUAAAAAGUACAAGACAUUGUUUUUGCUGGGUAGACUGGCAUCUGGGUAGAGGCUGCCUGGUUUUUUUCCCCCCCAUAUAACAGGGAACAUUUGAAAGUCAGUUUUCUAGCCAGAUAGCCAUCAUGAGCCGUAAGCAUCAGUGCUUAGCAGAAACUUCCUGAGCAGCUGAGUCUACGAUGUAGAGAACACCUUUAGAAAUGAUGGAAUCCAAAUGGGCAGAUCUUCCUCUUAAACUCGGUAUUUUUAAAAGUAAGAAUGACUCACGGGCUGCUCUACCCUCAGCCAGGCUCUCCUGAGCAGGACUGCUGAAGAGUUAGUCUCCACAGCCUGUUCUGUGGUACUCUUAGCAGAUGGAGGCACUCAUCCUCGGCGUCCCUUUGCACUCAGCUUUUCCAAGGUAGGUAGUGCUUUAGGAGGCACUCUGGAGGACUAGAGCCCACUCCACCUUACUCUCCAGUGCGAAGGUGGGUGCGUUUGUCUCCUCGUCCAUUUGUUCAAUGUUUUCUUACUGAAACUUCCAAGAGCAACAGAUGCAUCUGAAAGAAUAUUCUGCUCUUGUGUCACCUAAGAGGAUAGGACAGUAGAUGGCCCCAGUGCCUAUAGUAGAUCACAGUGGUGGGUGGGCGCUUUGUUUACUGUUACCUGUGCUGUUCAUUCCCAGUACAGUUAAAGGGAGGAGGCCCCGGCCGGGCGGUGGUGGCGCACGCCUUUAAUCCCAGCACUUGGGAGGCAGAGCCAGGCGGAUCUCUGUGAGUUCGAGGCCAGCCUGGUCUACAGAGCGAGAUCCAGGAAAGGCGCAAAGCUACACAGAGAAACCCUGUCUCGAAAAACCAAAAAAAAAAAAAAAAAAAAAAAAAAAAGGGAGGAGGCCCCACUGCAUUCCUUGGCUGUACCCUCAAGAGUGCCCUGCUGCUUUCUAACAGUCUUAACGAUACCCUUGAGGUUUCCUUCAGGAAGAGAAAAGGGGUGGUUUUGAGGGCUCUGAAAGUAGGAUUCAGUGUGCGACAUAACAGGUAGGUUGUCAGCAUAUGUUGGCUAUACGCAUGUGAACGCUUGGCAUCCUUUUGUUUUCCUUCCUAUCUCACAGAAUGUUAAGCUAAGGGAGAAUGGUGGGCACAGAUGUGUGGCAACCCUCCUCUGUGCUUUGGAACCAAAGUGUGUGUCUGUCUCUCACCCUGCUAAAAGGAAGCAGUGUCUAACCAAGGACACUGACCAGCCGUUACAGAGAACUCUUUCUACAACCAAAUUCAGAUUUAUUUAUUAAGCAUUAUACCAUGGGCUAUCCUGUGGUACUGUGGCUCUUCAAAACGCCUCUUCUGUUAACGCCUCUGGGGAUGAAGCAGUAGCACCUCUCCUCCCCACCAGAAGCAUACUCCAGGUGAAAUUAACACCUGGUUUCAUAUUUCAUGAGCUCUUUUGGCCUGGGUACAGCAGAAAACUAGCAGUUUUCCUAUUUAGUGCAAAUGACUUCUGCCUCCUUGUCUGUCCUUUGGAGUUCUCAGGACAGGCGUAGGCAAACCCUUGAGCUGGGUUUAUUGCCCUGGUGGUUAACUCACGUAGGGAAAGGGCUUCAGUAUUAAGCUGUGGGCUGCUCCCCUACCCCUCCCAAACAAUUCAUUGUGCAGACUUCUCAUCUAAAAGGUUGGUGGCUUUUGCUUGGGAUCAGUGCUCUGCUAAUGCCUUUUGCUGAUCUCUCCACACAUUCCUGUCAUGGAGACUUGAAUUGUAGGUGUGAUGUUACGGCACAGGAUGCUAAGAGCUGUUACUACUAUUCUUAGUGUGUAAAUUGUCCUUUUGAUACCAUCUUGUUUUCUUUUGUAGGUAUAAAUAAAAACAAUUGACAAUAAA